AUGAAGACCGUGAAAGGAUUCUGCGUGCUUUUCAUGCUGCAGCUAUGUCUCCUUGACUCUGGAAGGACGGGCAAAGUUCUUGUAUGGCCUGUGGAUUUUAGUCAUUGGAUUAAUUUAAAAGUUAUUUUAGAAGAACUUCACCUUCGUGGGCAUGAGAUAACUGUCCUGGUACCUUCACAAAGUCUUCUGAUUGACCAUACCAAGGUUCCCUAUAAUGUGGAGAUCCUCCAGCUUUUGGUAACUAAAGAAACUUUCAUGGAAAAGCUCAAAACCAUUCUCUAUGAAGCUUCUUUUAAUGUGUCAAAAUUCUCAUGGUGGGAAAUGCAAAUAAAACUGGCAAACAUAGGCAGAAAAUUUUUAUUAACAUUCAAAAGAGUGUGUGACAGUGCUGUCACAAACAAGGAGUUACUCAGCAGACUACAGGUAGCCAAGUUCGAUGUAUGUAUUGCUGACCCUUUAAUAUUUUGUGGGGAAUUGGUGGCUGAACUCCUGAAUAUUCCAUUUAUAUACACUUUUCGGGUUUUCUAUGGCAAUUUCAUUGAAAGAUUGUGUGCUUGGCUUCCUAUGCCAUCUUCAUAUGUUCCUGGUAUCACAUCAAGACUGACAGACAACAUGACUUUUAUACAGAGGCUGGAGAACUGGUUACUGUAUACAGUGAAUGAUGUGAAGAUAUAUCUCUCUUUUAACAUAUCAGAUUCCUUUCCCUCUAUUAUCCUUCAUUUUUAUUCAGGAAAACCUACCACAAUAUGUGAGAUAAUGGGGAAAGCUGAUAUGUGGUUGUUUCGAAGUUACUGGGAUUUUGAAUUUCCUCAACCUUACUUACCUAAUACUGAGUUUGUUGGAGGACUGCACUGCAAGCCUGCAAAGCCACUGCCUAAGGAACUCGAAGAGUUUGUUCAAAGCUCUGGAAAAGAUGGAGUCGUGGUGUUUACUCUGGGGUCAAUGAUCAGAAACCUCUCAGAAGAAAAAUCUAAUGUGAUUGCAUCAGCUCUUGCCCAGAUUCCACAGAAGAUUCUGUGGAGAUACAUAGGAAAGAAACCAGAAACACUAGGAGACAAUACCCGGCUGUAUAAAUGGAUUCUACGGAAUGAUCUUCUUGGUCAUCCCAAAACCAGAGCUUUUGUCUCUCACUGUGGAACCAAUGGGAUCUAUGAAGCUAUUUACCACGGGGUCCCUAUAGUUGGAAUUCCUAUGUUUGGUGAUCAGCGCGUUAAUAUUGCUCAUCUGAAAGCCAAAGGGGCAGCUGUUGCAGUAGACUUGCGAAGAAUGACAAGUGCAGAUCUGCUUAAUGCAUUGAAAGCAGUUAUUAACAACCCUCUCUAUAAAGAGAAUGCUAUGAAGUUAUCAAGAAUUCACCAUGAUCAGCCUGUGAAACCCCUGGACCGAGCAGUCUUCUGGGUUGAGUUUAUCAUGUGCCAUAAAGGAGCCAAGCACCUUCGCCCAGCCUUCCGUGACCUCACCUGGUAUCAGCACCACUCUUUGGAUGUGAUUGGCUUCCUGCUAGCUUGUGUGGCAACUGUUGCAUUCCUGGUCACUAAAUGUUGCCUCUUUUGUUGCUGGAAGUAUGGUAAGACUGCAAAGAAGAAAAAGAGAGAGUAG